AUGUCGCUACUUAUAUUACAGCCAGGUGUGCCGCAGGUUCCGCUGCUGGAUGACGACACGCUCGCGUUCGAAGAGGACAAUGCGGGGAAGAAAUUUAUCCACCCAUACAUCGUGUUCUUCCACCUGGUGUUCCGGUGCUCAGCCAUCGUGGUGUACAUCCUCUGCGGGUGGUUCUCCGACUCCUUCAUAGCCUCCUUCGUGCUGGUGAUCCUGCUACUGUCCGCUGACUUCUGGAGCGUCAAAAACAUUCCAGGUCGCCUCCUCGUAGGUCUGAGAUGGUGGAACUAUGUGGAUGACGAUGGGAAAUCGCACUGGGUCUUCGAAUCCAAGCAGAAUCGUGUGAACCGCAACGAGAGCAGACUGUUCUGGCUUGGACUGAUUCUUUGCCCCCUUGUGUGGAGCGGCUUCUUCCUUAUGUGUCUCUUCACGCUCAAGUUCAAAUGGAUGCUCCUCGUCCUAAUUGCCCUAACGCUCAGUGGUGCCAACCUCUACGGCUACAUCAAAUGCAAGUUCGGGGCCAAAGAAAACCUGCAAUCAGCCACGACAGACUUCGUCAAGAAACAGAUUCUUCAGAACGCUACUUCGUUCAUGUUCUCACAGCCUUCACCCCCUAACGCGGCGGGGGGGAAUGUUACUGGUGUAGUUUAAGUUUUAGACUUAUAAAGAGAUUUGAGGGUGCCUUUCCGCUAGAGAUUUGCUACGUUACGUUGCUAUGGAUGCGAUUGAUAUCCGGGCAUUUUCAGAAUUUGGGACACCCCAAUUUGCGUAAGUCGUUAACAAAAAUUAACUCACUGUCAGUUUUGUGACUAUAGUUAAGCAUGAAAUUUCAAUAAAAAUAUUGUUUUUGUGUUAAUUACAUAAAAUUGAAGCGAUAAUCUCCAUUAGAAAUGUUCAAUCAUGUUCAUUGUUCCACAAAGCAUAGCGCUAGUGGGAAUGGGUUCGACUAUGCUGAUUGGUGGAUAUCAAACACUUCCACGUAGCACACCUCUGGUGGAAAGGUACCCUAAGGUCAAUACGGUAAGUGUGUCAUAUGGGGGAGUAUGUCUGGUCUUCACAUUUUGCCUGUUUAAACAAUGUUUAAUGUUUAUUGAGAGUCCAUACGUUUGCAACUAAUCGUGAGUAGCAAGUAGCAAAAGAAUAAACUCGCGAAAACACCUGUAGGCCUAGCACAUGAUUUCUGCGGGAGUAUGUCGCGAGAUAGAUCACGUCUUCUUCUAAUUGUAAUAUCUGGGUUCUAUUUUGUUAUAUCACGUCUUUAGAUAAAAAAAAAACUCAUAAAUACAAAAAAAAAAACUUUAUUUCGAAACCCUGACACCUGCGACGUGCUUGCGAACAUUAGACGGACCUUUUACGACUGAGCUACGCCCAGUCUAUGCGUGGUUGGCGAAAUUAACGACCAUAUUUUGC